AUGGCGAAGUAUGCUGUCCUAGGGAGCACAGGCAAUUGCGGGACAGCCCUGAUACAGAAUCUGCUGCAGUCGGCCCAGGAGAAUACCAUCCACGCCUACUGCCGGAAUGAAUCAAAGCUGCGCCGGCUGGUGCCCGAGGUGGCCGACAACAAGAACGUGCGCAUAUUCGCAGGCAGCAUCCACGACGUGAACCUGAUGAAGGAGUGCAUCCGCGACACCAGGGCCGUCUUCCUCGUGGUCACGACCAACGACAACGUCCCGGGCUGCCGCCUCAGCCUCGACAGCGCCACGGCCGUCGUGCAGGCGAUGCAGGAGCUCAGGGCGUCGGGUGCUCAGGUCCUCCCGCGGCUGGUGCUGCUCAGCUCGGCCACCAUCGACGACCACCUGUCGCGCGACAUGCCGUGGUGGGCCCGCCGCGUCCUGCUCGCGUCUGCGUCGCACGUGUACGAGGACCUGCGGCGGGCCGAGGCCAUGCUGCGCUCGCAUGCGGAUUGGCUUUCUGUCAUCUUCGUCAAGCCGGCGGGAUUGUCGCCGGAUAUGGCGCGCGGGCACAGGCUGACCUUCGACGAGGAGGAGAGUUUUAUAAGUUACCUGGAUCUGGCGGCUGGCAUGAUCGAGGCGGCCGAUGAUGAGGAGGGCCGGUAUUGUGGGAGGAAUGUCGGUGUUGUUAACAAGACGCGUGGAGUGGGUGCCAGGCUCCCUCGUGGCACGCCGUUGUGUGUUUUGAUGGGGUUGGUGCGUCACUUCUUCCCUUGGCUACAUCCCUAUUUACCUUCGACGGGUCCUGCGUGA